AUGCAAGAUUCUUCCCUUAAAGAGCCAAUAAGUAAAAUUGAUAGAAAUUUAUCAAUUGAAUUAAAAACAGAGCAUCCUUUGCUACAAUUACUGUCCCCAGAACUAAAGAAAAUUCUAACUUCUCAGAAAAGUGUUUCUCUAUAUCACAGCAAGUGACACAAAAAAGGUGGAAUUCCAAGCUUAUUUCCAGGUAAAAUAAUUAUUACAAAAGAGCAGCCAGAAUUUAUACAAUGGACAUGACCUCACGAAUUGCACAAGAAUAUGAUUUCUUUAUAUGACAUAAAAUAUUCUCACUCUCCCCCCCCCCUCCGUGAGCGAACAAAACCAUUAGAAAAAUCACCAUUUUUUGACCAAAAACCCACCCUCCGUGAGCGAACAAAAAUUUUUUUAAUAGAAAAAAUUUUAAUGGAAAAAAAUUUUGAUAUAUAAGUGAUAAUUAGUAUAAUGAAAUCUAGAGCUAAUUCUGUUUAAUUUUUAAACAAAUUGCGUUUUAAAACAUAAAUUUUGCAAAUUAAAUUAAUAUUUGCUUCCCCAAUUUUUGCAAAUUAGGAUUUUUUUAAAUUUCGAAAAAAAUAUUUUUUAUAAAAUUUAUAUAUAUAAAUUUUUUUAAAAAAAAAAAUUAACCCCCCUCCGUGAGUGAACAAAAAUUUUUUUGUUCGCUCACGGAGGGGGGGGGGGAGUCAGUCAAAGAAAAGUGGAUUUCUACAAGAUUCAGCAGCCCUGGACAUAUUAGUAUCAUUUAUGCUUCCAAAGAAUCCUGUAUCCCCAUCAGUGAUUAUAGCCAUUGUGACAGGAGAAGACACAUUAAUAGUAAUUUUUGAAGAUGAAGAAGCUUGUAAAAAAUGAAAAUCUGGACUUCGAACCAUCCUAUCCUUAAUCGAGCCUAGCCCAAUGGAGCCAGACGCGGAGCUCACUUGGAAGCAGUCCUUUAUUUUACCUCAGUCGUCACUUGAUUCCUUAGCAUUUGGCUAUAUGUUUGAUUUUUCAGAACCAAAUCCUCCAAAUGAGUCAUGAAGAGAGCUUAAGGUCACUUUUGUAAACGAGGAUGAGUCAUCUCAUUAUGAAUAUCUUGUGUAUGACCGAAACCAAGAAAACUUGUAUGAUUCUCUUAAUGAGAUCCUCGGAUGUAUCGAAACACAUAUAAAUUACCCGAACCGAGAAAUGAUGAAGGAAUUUUUACAAGAUAUUACAAGGUGGGAAAUCAAGACAAGAAAUGAAAAAAUUGAUGCUUAUGCUUCAAUUAAAAAUAAGAGUGUGCAGUUUUCGCAUUAUAAAGGGAGCUAUAAAAGGAGGAUUAGAGAUGAAUAUUUAGACGUCGAUGAAGAUAAACUUUCAAAGGAAAUUGUAAAAGAAAUGAAGCAUUAUGAGAAAUUUGACUAUGGAGAUAGGGUUACUGAUGCUUUUCAGCUUAUUUUUAUGCAAAAGCUUGCAAUUGGGCUAGAAACUCAUAUAGUUGCGAAAGAGUCAAAAAAUAGGAGAAAACAAAAAUCUAAAACUUCAAAUCCAGUGACUAGCAAGGAAAAGCAAGAAAGUGGGACAAUUGAAAAUAGCCAAGUAGAAAUUGAAGAAAAGCUUGACGCUAUCAUGCUGAAGAGAACUGAAACCCAUUACUUAGAAGAAGAAAAUAAUGAAAAAGUCAAAGAAAAAGGAAGUCUGCAAUCUUUUAGAGAUGCAUGCGAAUGCAUAAUAUUUUAA